UGGAGAGGAGGCAAGAGAGAGGCGUGGAAAGCGCGGAGUCUUGGGCCACCACGUGAUCUUCAUCACUUAGGAAUGCAAUGAUGUCAGUGGGGGCGUGGCUCCCCCAAAAUUGGUGAAGAAGAAAAAAGAGAAAUCAGAAAGUUUCUUCUUUCUCCGAGCUGGAUCCGGAAUCAAGGUGGAGAACGAGAAAAAGAGGCCACUUCCGUUGGAAGAACGUGACCCCAGAGUUCCCCCCCGCUUCUCCACUCCUGGAGAACACCUCCUUCCCUGCCAUGUCUGGCCCCACCUGGCUCCCCCCAAAACAGCCAGAGCCGACCAGGCUACCCCAGGGAAGGACACUUUUGCGGGGCCCUUCUGGCCCGUUAGUCCACGGAGCAGCAGAGCAAAGUUAUCAGGGCCCCGGCCGACCGGAAGAACUGGCACCCGUCUUGGGAAGAUGCCCUAGAGCAUCCCAAAGCACACAGGGGCUUCGACCAGACAGGGGAGCCAUACACCUAAGAAGUUUGGAUGCAGAAAUAGAUUCCCUGACCAGCAUGCUGGCUGACCUGGAUAGUAGUAGGGAUCAUGCCCCAUAUCGGCCAAACAGACAGGCAUGUGAACCCCUUCAACCCCCUCCCAACCGCAUGGCUCUCCUGAAACCGGGUGGAGGAGGGUCCACUCCACCAAGAAUCCCAGCCCCAUCUUAUGGGGGCCCUACCCCUGCCUCCUAUACUACAGCUAGCACUCCAGUUGGUCCUGCCUUCCCGGUGCAGGUGAAGGUGGCUCAACCUGUGAGGGGAUAUGGUCAGUCCUGGAGGGGUAUGCCUCAAGCCGCUAGCCCAGCUCCAGCUCCUUACCCUCCUUCCACCAGUUGGGCUGAAUCUUGGGGUUCCUAUGAGGGGCAUAGAGAGCUCAGGGCCAAAGAGGAGAGUGUUAGAAAUUCUGGCCCGAAAGGAGGAAGAAGAACAGGAGGAGGAUAUAUAUCCAAGCCCCAGGCUGCUCCCAGCAGAGACCCCCCUGAGGAAGAGCUGGAAAGAUUAACCAAGAAGCUAGUGUAUGACAUGAACCAUCCACCCAGUGGGGAAUACUUUGGCCGAUGUGGGGGUUGUGGAGAGGACAUAGUAGGGGAUGGUGCUGGAGUUAUCGCCCUGGAUCGUGUCUUCCAUGUUGGCUGCUUUGUCUGCUCCACAUGCAGGGCUCAGCUUCGGGGCCAGCAUUUCUAUGCAAUAGAAAGAAAGGCAUAUUGUGAAGGUUGCUAUGUGGCUACCCUAGAGAAGUGUUCGAUGUGCUCCCAACCUAUCUUGGAUCGCAUCCUGCGGGCUAUGGGGAAAGCCUAUCACCCUAGUUGCUUUACUUGUGUUGUAUGUCACCAAGGUCUUGAUGGCAUUCCUUUCACGGUGGAUGCCACUAGCCAGAUCCACUGCAUUGAAGACUUCCACAGGAAAUUUGCUCCUCGAUGCUCUGUGUGUGGUGGUGCUAUUAUGCCUGAACCUGGGCAAGAGGAGACUGUGAGGAUUGUUGCCCUUGAUCGAAGUUUCCACAUUGGUUGCUACAAAUGCGAGGAAUGUGGACUGUUGCUAUCAUCAGAGGGAGAAUGUCAGGGCUGCUACCCGUUGGAUGGUCACAUCCUGUGCAAGAGUUGUAGCGCUUGGCGAAUACAGGAGCUCUCGGCCACUGUUACCACUGACUGCUGAGAUUCUCCACCAUCAUGACCUGCCAUCAUGUCCUCCUCCUUGCUCCCAUUUACAAUUAGACACUAAGUCCACCUUUUGCCCCCAAUCUUCAAAGCAUAACUACUGAGCCCCAGAACUAUUGAGGCCUGUGAGUGGAGCAGGAAUUGCUCCUUUGCUGGAUUGCUGUCAUAUAGGGAGGGAGUGGAGAAAGGUGCAGAGGAUUAAAACUGGCUGGUUGCUUAGGCUUAGAGGGGAAACAACCAAAGGACUAAAUGCUUAGUUUCCAGCCUUAUUGGACAUCUGGGUACUGGAAAGAAGUAGAACUGGAAACUGAUCCUGAGAUUGUUCUUUUUUUGGAAAGAGUGCUACUCUAGAAGGAAGAGUUUCAUGGGCUCCAAAUUCAUCUGAUCCUUUGAACCAUGGAAAAGGCCUACUUUCUUGGCUAUUCAUUAUGCAGCUGAGGGACCUCUCUAAAAUAAAUCCUUCAAGACUGCAAAAACCACCUGGUCUGGCAGCACAAAGGAGUAGAGAAAGUUACAUGACUUCACUUAAAAUCACAGACUCUAGAUUUAGAAUGAAUUUCAGAGGUCCAUUUAGUCCAACCAUAACCCCAUUUAAUGGUCAACAAGCAUUUAUUAAGUACUUACUAUAUGGUAAGAAUUAGGGGAAACAACAUAGAAACGAUUUACAUAAAAUAUGUACAGGCAAAGUUGGAGGUAACCAAUAGAGGAAAGGCACUAGUAUUAAGGAGUGGGAUUAGGAAAGUUCUUGUUAAAGGUGGAAUACUUGGAACUUCUAGAAAUCCACAGAAGCUAGGAAAAGGGGAAUGAGGUGGGAACGACUUUUAGGCAUGGGCAAUGAUCUGUGAACAUGAACUGAGCAGGGAAAUGGAAGUUUUGUGCAAGGAUGAGCAAGGAGGCCAGUGUCACUGAUUGGAAAGGUAGAAGAGGGUUAGAUUGUGAAAGGCUUUGUCAGAGGAUUUUGGCUUUGAUCCUGAGGGUGAUAGGGACCCAUUAGAGCUUACUGAACAGAGAAGUGUCAUGGUUGGAGCUGUGCUUCAAGUUAGCCACUUUGAUAGCUGAUGAUUUGGAGUAGAGAGUAGAAAGAAACUUAAGGCAGACACCAACCAGAAGGCUAUAGAAGUAAUCCUCAACAAAAAAUUCCUCUAGAACAAGCACUAAGAGUAGUACCUAGCAUGUAACAGGCACCUAAUAAAUGUUUUUUGUUUGACUGAGGCCUGACAAGAGACCAUCCAACCUUUUCUUGAAGACCUCUAGUGAAGGAGGAAACUCUCUCAUACCAGCCCUUUUGGAUAACCUGAAUACGAGUAGGAAGCUUUUUCUUUUAUCAAGCACAAUUUGCUUCUUUUGGGGUUACCAUUCUUUAUUUUUAGUUCUGCUUUCAAGACCAAGCAGAAUAAUUUGGAAAGAAUUCUGAAUUAGGUGUUAAAGGCCCAGUUUUAAAUUCUAGUUUUAGUACUUAUUUUGUGACCUUGAACAAAUAAAUCAUUUGAACAAGAUAGCCUUCAAGCUCCCUUGCUGUGGUAAAUCUAUUAUUCUAGGACUAAAGAAGUAAUCAUAUUGCCCUGUUUUCUUUGACUAAAUAGUCUCAAUUCAAGUCCUUACAUCAGGAGGGCAGAAUUUUUCUUCUGCUCUUUGGCCAAUUGGCCAUUUGGAUAUUUAUAACAUCAUUUGGAGUCUAUACAAAAUUAUCAACUUGCAGAACUCAAGCAGUAGGAGGUUGUACCUAAUUUUCAGAUCAUCUUCUCUUGCUGUUGAUUAUGCAAAUGAUUUUGUGGCCAGACAGUCCCCACUCCAGCCUUAUAUGGUAGGAUCUUCUCACUUUCCCAGCUUGCAGUAGGCUCUUUGACACUCAACUUCUUAAUCCCCAAGUUUCCCUAAUAGAGCGGUACAUUCCCAAGUAGCUUUAUUAGACUCCUUCUAAUUUACUUUGCCUCCCGAGACAGAAAGAGAUUUCCCCCAUACUCAAAAUGGAGAUUAUUUUAAUCAUGGGAAAAAUCUAGAGUUUCCUGCUGGCUGGGGCUAAUGUUUCCCUCUUUUUCUCACAGCCAUUCUCCUUUUCCCUUAAGAUAUAUGAAUCUUCCAAAAAAGAUGCCAGCAAGCACAGGUUUGUAAUCGAUUAAUUCAGAAUUUUAUGAGUAAAGCAGAAAUUUGGAUAACCUUUUAAAGAAAGGUUUUAAAGAAUCUUUUAAAGAAAGUUGAGAGAUAUGGCCUUAGAGGGUACAGGUAGAAAUAAAAGGUUUUGUGGAAUCAGUAAAGAAAUUUUAGGUGUAAGAUGGACAGCUGGUUUAGUGGUAGCACAAAAUAGUGAUGGAAAGUUUCAAUAGAACAGUUGUGAUAAGGUUCCCACACUACUACCCUUGCCCCCACCUCUAAUUGCCAGCCUCAGUCUCAUCUUCUUUCCUUCAGUAGGGGAAAUCUUAGCCAGACAACAGCCAGUAUUUAAGAUUGAGGCAAGAUGAUGCUAUAAAAUGUUCUGCUUUUCCCUCUCCCCCAAAUAUCUUCUGCAAGGUAUAAAGAACAAAUGGGAGUAUUUCCAAAGAAAGUAAAUCUGGAGAAAAGCCCUGAAGAAAAGGAGGAAAAAUCACCACAAGUUCUGUAAGCAAUAGGCAUAUGUUGGAUUUCCAAUAAACCCUGUUGCUUGGAGAGAAUGACCAAUAAUAGGUGAGAAGAAUUACUUCAUGAAGAAAAGAUCAGCUUGAGAGGGGACCAGUCUAUAAGAAAGUGUCCAAGAGGUAAAGUUUAGGACAUUGUGAAGGAGUGCACAUGAGAAAGGAAAUACUAGUUGAGUUCUAGACUUCCUUUAAUCCAGCUGGAUAUUCAAGAUGGUGAUUUCCCUUGCCUUCAUUUUUUUUUUUUUUUUUUUGGCUGAUAAAAAGAAGUUUAUUAUUGGCAUUUGGGAAGUCAGCCUUUGCUCUAUGUGAAUAGAAAGACUGAAUUCCUUAGUGGCAAGGUCCCCGCAGAGAAGUAAAGUUUCUAGUAGAGAAAUCCCAAGAGAGGUAUAAAAUCUUGUUAAAGAAAUAGGUGAGGAGGAGAUAAAAGAGAGUAACACUGAAAGAGAAUAUCAUUUCAGUGGGCAGAGGGUUCCUUGCAUAGCAUGGCAUGUUAGGUCCUCUGCCCCUUGCCCUCAUUUAUGAACCUCACCUUUUCAUCUGUGUCUAGUUGGCUUUCCAUAACCUCCUCCCUGGAACUGGGAGAGGAAUGAGAUGUGUAAGAUGGAUCUAGCUACCCCAUGGCUUCCUAUAUGGGAUGGACUCUGAUUCUAGUCAAAGCUAUGUAUUAACCCAGGCCACUUCAUCUUGCAACAGUUCAUACUAAUAUCUUCCCAGGUUUCUUUAAAACCAUUCUUUUAUCAUUUCUUGUACAUAAUAGUAUCUAGCAUGUUCAUAUAGCAUAACUGAAGGACAUCUCUUACUUUCCAAUCCUUUGCCACCAUAAAAAGCUAUUCUAAAUAUUUUUUAAAUAUAUAAAUCAAUCACUGGAAGUUUCUACUGUGGUGUCAGUUGCAUUCAUUCAUGCUAAACUCCUAUAAUCCAAUCAAAUUUAUUAAAGAACUUGAUAUCAACAAAAGGAGUAAAGUAUAAACGUCAUACUUUAUACUGAGUAGUCUCUAUAAUCUCAGGUUUAUUCAGAGCUCAUAAACUCCACUUGUUCCCUAUUAUUUUCAAGAUCUAGAAUAAAAUCCUCUGCUUUGCAUUCAAAGUCUUUCAUAACUUGAUUUUCCUCUCACUUUUGCAAUAUUCCUGACAAUAAAUAGAUAACUUAAAUAAGCAAACAUCUCCCUUGGAAAACUACAAAUUCAAAUAACCAUGGUUAAUUACAAAAAGCAAUAAAAAUCAUAUGAUUACAUCAAAAGUUACAGAAAAGUUUUCCCCCCUACCCCGAGAUUAGGUUAUUUUAAUUCUUGUUCUAAUAAUCUGAAUAUUUUAUUUUUUGUGAAUGUUCAUCAGUUUAAAUUAUUUUUAGGAGCAUAUAAUUGAACAAAAAUACUUUCUAGUAAAUUUACAUUGUAACUUUUUUUUUCUUUUCUUGGUAAUUUGAUUUUCUUUGUAAUGGCUCUUCUAUUUUUUUUUUCCCUCCAAAAAAUCAACUCCUGGUCUUUUUAUUUGUCAUUUCAAUAGACUUGGGAGUUUUGUUGUUUGUUUAUUUUUUGCUGAGGUAAUUGGGAUUAAGUGACUUGCCCAGGGUCACACAGGUACUUAAUAUCUGAGGUCAAAUUUGAACUGAGGAUCUCCUGACGUUAGGGAUGGUGCUCUAUCCAUUGUGCCAUCUAGCUGCCUCCUCAAUGGUUUUUAAAAAUUUAUUUCUCCUUUAAUUUUCUGAAAUUUUCUUUGUGUUUUAGUAAGUCUUAAAAUUUUAUUGCUUUUUUAGUUAUUUUAGUUGAAUUCUUAAUUGAUCUGUUAAUUCUUUCUUUUGUUAAUGAGUGUGUUUAAAUGUAUCAUUCCAAAAGUUGUGGAAUGCUGUCUCUUUCUUGUCAAUUUCCUUAAUGAAAUUACUUAGUAUUUCUGUGAUUUUUUAUUUGACCCAUCAGUUCUUUGUAAAUUAAAUUACUUAGUUUAAAGUUUGAGGUUUUUUCUUUCAAAGACUCUUUGUUGAUAAUUUUUCUUGUAUUGAAGUCAUUACAAAAUAUUUUUUAAAAUUCA